AUGGCCUCGAGCCCAGCAGCAGCCCGUCUGCGGCGGGAGUGGCGUUCUCUCCAGUCAGAGCCGCUACCCAAUAUCGAGGCCAAGCCAAAUGGAGAUGACUUGCUCACUUGGUAUUUUCUCAUACACGACCUGCCGGCAGACACGCCUUUCGUUGGCGGAUUCUACCUGGGCAAGAUUGUGUUCCCGCCCACAUAUCCGUUUGCGCCUCCCUCAAUUUUGCUGCUGACUCCAAACGGCCGUUUUGAAGUCAAUACAAGACUCUGCUUGUCCUUCACGGACUUCCAUCCGGAACUGUGGAAUCCAUCAUGGAAAAUUGAAACGCUGCUUACCGGCUUCGUUUCUUUUAUGCUGGAUGAAGGAGCCACUAAUGCUUUAGGGUGUAUCUCCACCUCGCGGGAGGAGCGCCGCCGUUUGGCUCGGGAGUCCGGGUCGGCCUGUAUGAACAGCAGCACCUUUAGGCGCCUGUUUCCUGAAUUUAUUCAUCGAAUUCAAGCAGCACAGGAAGCAGCCUCGGCAGGUGCCAGAAGCACUUCUAGUGGACUUUCCGCACCGGAGUCGGCAGAAGCAUCGGCAGUAGGAAGACCCCAACUGGGCUCUGUGCCGUUUCUGUUCUCCAUAGUUAUUGCUUGCUGCGCGGCACUAGCUGUGGUUUUGAAGCUGUGCCUGAACCGGGUGUAA